AUGUCUAGCAACGGAAAAGAUUACACGUACACUGGUCAUGGUACUAAUGACCAGAUCACGCUUUUUCGUAGGGCAAUCACUACUUGCUCUCGCGACUACGGUAGCAGCGGCUCAGGAUAUCACUAUUCCAACACCUACUACUACAGCAACCCGAACGGGUCCACUUACUACAACAGUGGCACAGGGUACUCGCAGUACACUACUCCCAGCGGGGACACUCAUAAAUUUAACGGUUCCUCGAAGUGA